AUGAAAAGUGGUGUCCUGAAAAGCCUCGCGGCGGUGCUGCUGGCGCGCGCGGCGACAGCAGAGCUCACGAUUGUGACACCGCACGACGCAUUGCCCGAUGGCGUGCCGUACACGCUGCUCCCAGUGGCCCAGCGGCCACUCUACCGCGGCAAGAUCGUCGGAGCCCUCGUGACGCCCGCCGCUCCCAACGCCACGUCCAUCGAGCUCGUCCCCGCAGUCGGCAACUGCCCUGCAUUUGCGCUGCCGACGACCAAUCGCUCGGCAAGCGAGGAUACAAUGUACCGCAUCGCCGUCGACCGCGUACGCCAAGCGCAAGCAGCCGGCGCCAUUGGCGCGUUCCUCUACGACGCCAACGAACUCAACGCGACGGUGCGGCUCGAGGUACGCGGCAUUCCCCCAUGUCUUUUGUCUAACAGUGUUGUGUACUAG